CUAUCGUUUAAGAGAUUGUGGUUUAAAAAACAAUGAGUCACUGGAACGAAUAUUCGCAGCUCAACGCCACUCAGGCUACCGGUACUGUCGCUCUUAAUAAGGACGCCACGCAACCAACUGAGCCCCUUGAAAUAGGUUCUUACAAGAAGAAACAAAGUAACAAGGACAACCGUCGACAGAAAUGGACUUGUAAUCGGAUUGACUGGCCUGAAGGCAGCACCUAUGGGAACCAUACCCAUGUUCAUUAUGAAGAAAAAAUUGGGACAAGCAAUAGAUGUUCUUCGCUGCAAGGUUCGUUUGAGAACGUACAAAGAGUUGCCAGUCAAAAAUACGGCGGUUCGCAGUUGCACUUUAUCAACUUGGAAGGGUCGGAAUUCAACAAGGAAAAUUUUCCCUUAGCUAGCUAUCAUUUUGCCAUCUGUAGAAAUGCAAAACUUUAUACUGGAAAUAGUCUAUUGGAUGUUUCAGUGGAGUGGCCAGAUGUGGAAGCAGUUGUUAUAUUCCAUGAUGAAGUUCAGGAGAAUUUGUGCUGUCCAGUGUGUCUAGAUAAGGUUCGAGCCCCACGAGUGACAAAGUGCGGACAUUUGUUUUGUCUUUUGUGUCUUUUAAGAUUUUUUUCUUUUCAUGAUAUGGCAGCCUGUAAAUGUCCACUUUGUGGAAAGAAGAUUCGGUUGGAAGACUUACGUCCAGUAGAUAUUCGAUUAGUUGCUCCGUGUUAUGUUGGAAUGGAACAGUGUAUGAGACUUGUUAUUAGAAGAAAAGAGUCCUUUAUAGCAAAGCCAUUUUUCCGUGAGUCUUGGCAGGCAUAUUUGGCAGAUUGCAGUAUUCCGGAUGAUCACAAAGAAGAUCAUCACGGUUGCUAUAUGCAGCCUAUAUAUUCGAGGAUAUUCAUUGCAAAUGACCAACGUCUUUUAUAUCUAUUGGAGAGAGAUGAAAAGGAUAUAGAGCAAAUGGUGACAGACGACUCUUCCUAUAUUCCCUAUGCAGACUAUGCAAUAGAAGAGUUGGUGCAGAAAAGGAAGCAUUUGGAAGAAAAUCUCCGUCAAGAAAGAAGAGAACGAUUCUUUGAAAUUUCAUCUGAAAAUGGCCAAACUACGAAAAUGGAAACGCCAUCCCGGGAGGUGGAUCCCUCUCAGCUUUAUGACUUUCGAUUUAUUUUUCAAGCAGAGAGUGGUCAAGAUGUGUAUUUGCAUCCGUUUAAUGUAAAAUGCUUGUUAGAACAUUAUGAGCAUUUGUGCUUGGCACCACAAGUCGUUCAAGGAAAGGUGGUGGAAGUGGAACGUUGUACGAUGACUGAACAACUGAAAAGACGAAUGCGCUUUUUAUCGCAUUUACCUUUGGGUUGUGAGUUUUACUUUGUCGAGCUCGAUUUAUCCCCUGUUCUUCCUGCAAAUGUAUUGAACAAGUUUGCCAAAACUCUACAAAGAAGGGCAAAAGAACGGCUUCGACGAGAAGAGGAAGAGCUAGCCUUUCACCGUGAAAGGGACUCGAUUCCUGCAUAUGAAGAAGAAAGGAAGAAAUGGUUUCAGCGUGAAGUUUCAUUUUCAGUUGAUAUGAAUGAGCAGUCUUUCCCUAGUCUUGUUGGCUUAUCAAAUGACUCUGUUGGACAGACUGAAGUUCGUAGAGGAGAAGAAUCGAGUUAUGCAGCUGUAACUUCUCAUAUGGGAUAUUUUCCUAGUAUUCCUUAUGGAGAAUGUGGUUCUUCCACUAUUCCUUGGUCAGGAAAGAGUCCUGACAACAUAUCACAAGCGUAUUCCAUAUCAGCUGACACAGAAGAGACAAAUAUUCUUGGUUCUUCUCCUAUGAAGAAUAAGAAGAAGAAAGUUCGAGUUUUGUUCAGUAACAUUCCUAGGAGAGGGUUUGAAGGAAGUCGUGCAUUGGAAUAAAAUGAGAUUAUUCUGGUUCAACAAGCUUUGUUAGUUAUCGUUGAAUGGUGCUAGUCACCAGUCCAGUGC